AUGUUGCUGCCAACCGCUGCGUUCUGCCGGCGCUCCUGCUCGCUCCGGUUCAUCAUCUGGUUGUUUGGUGCAAUUUUUGGUGGUAUUACACUUUUUGGAACACCAUUUACAUCUUUAUCACUUCUGCCAAGUGAUGGAGUAGUGACGGUACACCUUCUGGUGGAGGGCUGGCUGGAAACAACCAAUGAAGAGCUGCGCGUGCUGAACGCCGAGGACGCAUUGCUGGCGUGGUGGCAGGCGACGGGCGACGGCGUGUGCUGCAGGGGCCAGCGGCUGCCUCCGGGCGACUCCACCGCGGCGCUCGCUUACGGCCAGAAACUGGGAGGGAUGCGCUCCGAAUGGAGGCGGAAACACUGUGCCAGGGUGGACGUCUGGCUUGCCACCCUGACCAAGUUCUUGCGAUCCCGCCAGCGACGUCAGAUGCACAUCCUCUGCCGCGGGCCCUACUUCACGCCGAAGGAAGCUGCGGAAUACGCAAACCUGAGCAACCAGUUGCAGCAAGUGUACACAUCGGCCAGCAUGUGCUACAACGGCCGCUGCUACGUGGGGGACGAGCAGCUGGAGAGAGCCAUGCAAAAUACUCGGCAGCCGGAGUUCCUGAAAUGGGCGUGGCUGUCGUGGCGAGACACAGUGGGCCGCCCAUCCAGGUCAAUCUUCAGGAAGCUCGUCAUUCUCAUGAACACUGCCGCCAAGCGCAGACAUUACAUGGACAUGGGGGAAUGCUGGCGAGAAGAACUAGACACAAGGCUGCUGGAGGAAGAGGUGUUCAGGCUGUACGAACAAGUAGAACCACUAUACAUCAUGCUCCACGCUGUUGUUCGCCACCAUCUCGCCAACUACUAUGGCGACGACAUUGUCGACCGCAAAGAGCCAAUACCAGCACAUCUCCUAGGAAACAUGUGGGCACAGAACUGGGCAGCACUGACCGACGUGGUGAUGCCGUCGGCGAGCCAGUUCGAUAUCGGCCGUAUGUUGCGCCAGCACGGUGUGACCGUGAUGUCGAUGAUGCGCUCCGCCGAGGACAUGUACGUGUCCAUGGGGCUGCCCAAGAUGCCGGAAUCCUUCUGGAAGCGGUCGCGCUUCGAGCGCACCGCCCUCGGAAACGUGAACUGCCACGGUACCGCUGCCAACAUGUUCCAGGAUCACGACUACAGAAUGCUUUACUGCGCAGAAGUCUCAAGAGAAGAUUAUGAAGUCAUCCACCAUGAGAUGGGACACAUAGAGUACUACAUGGCCUAUGAAAAUCAGCCCACUAUUUUCCGGGAGGGCGCGACGUCGGCACUGCAGGAGGCAGUGGGCGACGCGGUGAGCCUGGCGGCGUCAGUGCCGCAGCACCUGCAGCGCCUGUCCGUCACCAACGACUCCGCCUCAACUGACGAAAUGAGUUUCAGCGUACUGCUGCAGCAAGCUCUCUCCCGAAUUCCACAGCUGCCCUUCGCCUUGGUUGUGGAUAAAUGGCGCUGGGAUGUUUUCCGAGGUGUCAUUUCUCCCGAAACUUAUAACCACGACUGGUGGCACCUCAGGAAGAAAUACCUAGGCAUUACUCCGCCUGUCCCAAGAUCAGAGGCUGAUUUUGACCCUGGUGCGAAGUAUCACAUUGCAAAUAACGUACCUUACAUCAGAUACUUUCUAAGUGGUAUAUUGCAAGUGCAGCUGUUUAAAGGGAUGUGUCAGCACGCUAUAUAUGGGGCGGUUACUGACAAACCAUUACCAUUCCCUCUCCAUCAGUGUGACAUAUAUGGAUCAAAGCGCAGUGGAGCAGCAUUAUGGCGCAUGCUCAAACUCGGCAGAAGUCGCCCAUGGCCAGAAGCUUUGAAAAUACUUACUGGAUCAAAACACUAUGAUGUUCAACCACUUCUGGAAUAUUAUGCACCAUUAACAGCUUGGUUAAAACAGCAAAUAGAGAAAUAUAAUAUCACAGUAGGGUGGGAACAUGAACAACCUGCCGCUACUUAAUACUGCUAAAUACUAUGUGUGGUAGUUAUGGUAAAAAUAGAAGUAGUCAACUGAAAACGAGACAGGUGGAAGACCAGUAAGUACAGAUUUUAUUAUUUAAAAAGUAAUCACCAUAACUGUUAAUCCAUUAAUCCCACUGUGACAUAAGAUGGUAAAUUCCUUCAUAGAAAAAUGUUUGCGGUUGCCUAUGGAACCAAGAUUGUACACAGGCAUGCGCCUUUUCGUUCGAAGCAAUUCGACGACCACAAAUGUUUAUUUUAAUGACUCCAAAAAUUUGUAAAAACACAUGUAUGAUGGAUGUGUGAUGGCUUCGCAGCGAAACUUCUUUAGAGUAGUGGAAACAACCUGCCAAAACAGUGGCCGCCCAUAUGUUGCCAUGGUUAUUGCCGAGUACCCUACAGAGUUUACGCUGAGAAGCCGCCACAGAUCCUCUAUACAAUUCCGAUUUCUACCCAUGCCAUUUCCAUGUUUUUGGUGCCCUGAAGGAGGAAAUUCGUGUCCGUCGACUUACAUCAGGUGAAGAGCUGCACUUAGGCAACGGCAAAUAUAUUUCCAUGAAGGCACUCGGCGUUUUGUCUCGUAGUUGGCUCGAUAUAUUAACAGUUAUGGCGAUAACUUUUGGAAUAAGAAAUAGUUUACUAUACUUACGUUUUCCAUCCGUUU